CAACAUGGAGGCGGAGGUCGAUAAGCUGGAACUGAUGUUCCAGAAGGCUGACUCUGAUCUGGAUUACAUUCAGUACAGGCUGGAAUAUGAAAUCAAGACUAAUUAUCCUGAUUCAGCAGGCAAGAAAAAUCCUGUUACACUCUUAAAGGAAUUGUCAGCAAUAAAGUCUCGCUAUCAAACUUUGCAUGCACGCUUUAAACCAAUUGCUGUCGAGCAUAAAGAGACUAAGAGCCGCAUUUGUGCUACUUUCAAUAAGACUGUGACCUUGAUACAAGAACUACAAAAGCAAACAGACCUGAAGCUCUUACCACUGACUGAAGAAGAGAAAACUGCCGCAGAGCAAUUAAGAGCUCACAUGUCAGACUUAUGAUGAAGAAAUGGACUUGCAAAAGGGAACUCUAAUGGGGAAGAGAUCAAUUCCAGAGAGAUUUAGGAAGCUGUCUUGUUAGCAUUUGAUGACUGUUGGUGGCGGGAUGACAAAGGAGAUUUGGCUUGGGUUACUGGAUAGUGAUGCCUUCCACAAGAGAGGGGAAUACAAGAAGGGCAGAUAUUGUACUCAUAAUGUUCAGCCAAAGGGAUGGAAUGGAAAUAAAGAGUUUUAAAAAAAUAUAUGCAGGGGGCUUCCCUGGUGGCGCAGUGGUUGAGAAUCUGCCUGCCAAUGCAGGGGACACGGGUUCGAGCCCUGGUCUGGGAAGAUCCC